CAGAUCUGCGUUGAGAUGGGGAAGAGCUGUAAGGUGGUAUUAUGCGGGCAGCAUUCUGUAGGAAAAACAGCCAUUUUAGAGCAACUUCUAUAUGGAAACCAUGUGGUUGGCUCAGAUACAAUGGAGACCCAAGAGGAUAUAUACAUUGGAUCGGUGGAAACGGAUCGGGGAGUACGGGAACAAGUUCGCUUUUAUGACACCCGUGGAUUAAGAGAUGCCGUUGAGCUGCCCAAACAUUGCUUCUCAGGGACAGACGGUUAUGUUCUGGUGUACAGCGUGGAUAACAAAGACUCCUUCAAGCGAGUGGAGGCUCUCAAGAAAGAAAUCGAUAGAUCCAAGGAUAAGAAGGAGGUGACCAUUGUGGUUCUGGGGAACAAGUCUGACUUACAGGAACAGCGACGGGUGGAUCACGAUGCUGCACAGCAGUGGGCCAAGGCUGAGAAGGUCAAACUGUGGGAAGUGUCUGUAGCCGAGAGGCGCACACUUAUUGAGCCUUUUAUUUUCUUAGCUAGCAAAAUGACCCAGCCCCAAAACAAGUCUGCUUUUCCCCUUACCAGGCGAAACAAGGGCAGCGGAUCUCUGGACAGUUAGAGCUCCACAUCCGUCUACCUUUUCUGUCACAAUGCAUGCUUGGCUAUGGAUUGGGAAAACCAUUCAUCGCGCAUGCAGCAGUUAUUACCUUCUGAGAUUUUUUCCCAACACAU